CAGGUCACAGGUUUUUGAAUGAGGUUGCAUUUCUUCUUAUCUUGUCCCUAUGAAGGACACAUAUUUGGGGAGAAUAACUGAAAGGAUAAAUGGUCGGCCCAGUUUAGCCGUGUCCUAUUAUUAGGCCUGGCUCAGACUCACAGCGCUCAGCUGUAACCGAACUCCAUCUGUCCAGUCACGUCCUCUUCCUGCUCUCCCCCACUCAGUACUUGUGCGGCAGGGCUUAAGGGCACUCCGGUCUGUGCCACCCUACAAGCCAGACGAACGGCAGAACAGCCACGCUGACCGCCACGCUCUAUGGAGGCUCUGGAUGUCCAGCCCAGCGGAGAGGAGAGGGUGAUGACUGAGGGGGAGGAAUCUGAGAGAAACGGGGAAGAAGAUGAGGGAGACGUGGAGGCCUCUUCCCCUGCCGUCUCCAGCACGGAGGAGGAAACUGAUGAGGACUCAGAGCCGGAGCCCCCGCCCGUCAUUCGCAGAAAGGUGUCGUUCGCCGACGCCUUCGGCCUCAACCUGGUUUCGGUUAAGGAGUUCGACAACGCUGAGGCGACGGAAUCCGAGCCCGGCUGGUCGGACGGGAGAAAGGCGACGCAAACAGCGGAGGAGAUCUAUCUGUCCUGCUUGUUUACGGUCCCCUCGUCCGCAGAGGAGCUGGAUCAGAGGCUGAGCGGGCAGAUGGUGGAGCUGGAGAGCAUCGAGCUGCUUCCGGGCACCACCACCAUCCGCGGCAUCCUCCGGGUGGUCAACCUCUGCUACAGCAAGAGCGUCUACGCCCGGGUGACUCUGGACCGUUGGAGCAGCUACUUUGACCUGCUGGCCGAGUACAUCCCAGGGUCCAGUGACAGGAAGACGGACCGGUUCACCUUCAGGUACACCGUGGUGCCGCCGUUCGAGAAGGAAGGAACCAGGGUGGAGUUCUGCCUCCGGUAUGAAACUCCGAUGGGCACUUUCUGGGCUAACAACAAAGGGAUGAACUACGUGGUGUUCUGCCGCCAAAGGGCACAAGCGAAGGAGCACGUGACCCCCGCAGAAGAGGAGAGCAGCGGCUUCAAGGGCAAGAGGAGCUGCCUCAAAGCCAACAGGAAUGGAGACACGGAUGAUAAGACUAAGGAGAGCGUACACACUAACACGGCUGCUGCAGAUACGGAAGCUGCACAUAAAGUUGAAAAGACCUGGGGGGAGACAACAUCACUUCAACAUGAAGACCAAAAACCUUGGGUGGAAAGCGUGAAAAGCCGCCGCAGAGCGAUCCGCUUGGCGCGUGUGCAGGACUACCUCUGCCAGAGGGCGCAGCAGCAACCCAAGGCAUUUCCACAUGAGUCAGGCUGCGGCCAAAAGGUUUCUCAGCGUGUGUCGGCAGCACAGGGUGACUCUGCCAGCUAUCUCUAUAAAUCCCGGAAGAUGCAAUUAAGUGAGAGUCCACAGGUACUUACCUACCAUCAGAUUCCUUUGCUCACAUUAGACUGGAGCAGUCAGACACCCGAGCAGCCGGGCACUGCUGAUGUCGAUCACGUCUUGACUGAGAGAGCUAAAAUGACUUUGUCAAAAGAGUCAAAAGAAAGUACACCACCUCUUAAUGAUAUGUGGGAGAGCCUUCCUAACACUACACAUGAUAGCAACACUAAAGAAGCCUCUGAGAGUGAUGCAUGGCAGGUUUUCCUUAAUGGGCCCGGCUGCAGGCACCAAUCUGAUGUCCCAGAGUCAGAGUGGCUCCAGACAGCAGCGUCGGUGCUUCCUUCAAAUGAUAAGGAGCCGCAAAUCCGAGAUUCUGAAGAAACUCGAGAAUUUCAGGAGGGCGCCGAUACACCCACCACCUUACAAACCUUAGCUGUGUGUCAGCUGCUGUCAGACCCUUGUGAAACGUUGUUGGCUCCCGUUGCUUUGAGCGCCAAAGAUGAUCAGCGAGCAGAGACGUGUGUCAGCGGGGCAGGAGAUGACAACGCGGUGACGCAAGACGCAUCCCAGAGGUCACAGACAAAGUCCGUAACAGACACUCCAGAGGAAUUCAACCUCGAGAGGGCACCGCCUCUGUCCACGGACAGCGCUGACAGUCCAGCGGAGCGUCACAGACACAAGGACCGGGAGCAAGACGGCAAAGGAGUAAUAGGAACAGCAGGAAGCGGAGAAGGCGAGCCCUUCACAUUGCACACACCUGACUCGGUAACAAGCCCAGGGGAGUCGAAGACAACAGACAUGACGGGAAUGCCAGAGACUCCGAAUGCCAGCAAUGUUGAUACAAUCUCACCAGAUGCAAGUCAGGAGGGGAGGCUUUCUUCCAGCGGGGAGCGAGAGGUUACAGGCACUGCACACAAUGCCGUAGACGACAUCCUGGCAUUUAGGGAGACAAUCAGGGAUGAGAAAGGGGACAGGGACAGCUAUGUCUUCUCCGCAUCCAGGCAAGGAGAGGAGGAGGAGGAGGAGAUCACGAUGAACUAUGCGGCGAAGAAGGUGCCAGCAGAAGGGAAAACAUUUAGGCCACAGGAAUGCAAAGAGUGUAAUAUACCCCUAAGGUAUGCGGAUAAAAUCCAGCAUGAGGAAUUCAGACAAAGCCCAAACAGGGAGAUUAAUGAGAAUGAAACGGCAGCAACCACAGCAACAAAAGAUAAACAUGGAUUUGAAACAAUGCAAAGUUGUGAGAAAAAUUUGGAAAAAAACAGCAACAUUUCCAUAGACGUAAAGAAAGAGGAUCCACUCAAUAACCAGAUGAUGGCCGUAAUAAAUAAAGAGGUAAGAGCUGUGGGGACACAAAGCAUAGAAACACAGGAAGUGACUGAUGAAGGUAGUAAGCUCAUCAAGAUAGUGGAUGAGGUACAAUUGACAAAUGAAGAUGGAUCAUCUAUAUUACAUAUGGAAGAAAACAGGACACAGUCAAGUCCAGUCCAAGUGAAUGAAAAGCUACAUGAUGAGAAGAGGGAAGACUUGCCCCUCACACAAAUAGAACAACGUGAUGAGCAACAAUCCAGAACAGGCCAACAGGAGAUGAGCUUUGAAAAAAAAGUAACGGAGCAAGAAGAAACAAGCUCUUCUACAGUUUUAAGCCCCACUGUCGAUACACUGGAAGUUUGCCAAACAAGCACUGACACACAAAUAGCCCGUCAAACUGACAGAUAUGGCCUCAACCCCUUGGAGGUGGUCGAAGUGAAAUUGACAGACACCUGGCAAGACUCAGAAAGACAAAAACGCGAUUCAAGUAGAGACAUAAAUCCAGAAGAGGUAAUGGCAAAGGGGAAUGGUGCACAGAGAGACACUUCAGCAGGACACCGAUCUAAAACAUCAAGAGGAACGAAACUAGAUCAGAGUCAGGACGAUGAGAAAGUCUGUGUUCGAAAGCAGAAAAUAGAGGCGAUGCGAGAGCUGAUGGGUAAUCCGGAGGGUCCUCGGGGGGAGAAUAAGAAUGCGUGGAAAGAACAAGAAUCAUCAACAGGAGUUAAGUGCUCUCCACAUGCUGAAUACAAAAAACCGGCAGAGAGAACAAAAGAUCCCAUUAUGGUAGGAAAUAGUGCUGCACUUGAAGCGACACAGUCGGAAUUGGAGCAAACGUUCAUAGAAAGGUUUGGAGACAAUUUGGUUUGUAGCAUCUGGGAAGAGGUCUUUGCUCGGCAGGUACGACCUUUUACUUGGCACACAAACACUGUCGGCGACACGAAAAGCGGGUGGACAGACUUGAGUCAAGAUUGCUGUCCAAUUUACGAGAAAAACUCAAGGGACACGGUUGAUUCAGGCGCGUCUUUAUUGGCGGAAUUGCCGGCAGAUUCAGCCGGAGAAGUCCGCCGAGGCCGAGAGCAUACCACGGUGACUGAAGGCAAUGAAUGCUCUCCAAAAGACAGAAGGCAGCCCCUUACCAUGGCAGAACACUCUGACAGUCCUCCUCAGUUACACACAGGUUUGGAUUCAAUUGGCCAUUUGAGCCCAAUACUCCACCGUGAGGAGACAAUGUUUGAACCAGCUCAAUCUCCUGGCCCUCCAAAGGAUCAGGAGAACAGCUCGCAAAUUAAAGCCAGAUCGGUUCCUCGUCCGGAGAAGGAUUUUGAAAUAGAGAAUUUUGAUCGAUCCCCCCAGCUUUCCAGCAAACACCGGAGGUCCUCUGAGAAAUUAAAUGAGUCUGAUGCCCUUUUAUGGUGGACUGUACUCUACACAAUCAGCCACAUCACUAGAUUACUGAUCUGCAGCCUCUUGGUGGGUGGGUUCUUUGUUGUGGUCUUUCUCUAUGAUUUCCCAGCCUUCUUUGCGCUCUACAUAUUUUCAAUGUCUUGGUGGAUCUUUAAGUGGAAGAGACACCGGAUGAUUACAGGCAGUAAAGCUACAGAAUAGUUUAGGUUUAUUGUCUUCUCGUGGUCAGUUCAGCUUGUGGGAGAUCACGUAUAGGAUAGAAUUACACCAGGUGCAAUAUGCUGAUAGUGUGUCUGCUUUAUUGUGGAUUUUCCUUUUGCCUUUAUUUUUUUCCCGAUGUAAUACUGUAACCCCGACCCGAGCUAAGCAAAACCUACUUGGACGAGGAGCAAAUGCAACUCAAACAUCGAAACCUUCCUUUGUUUUUGAGGCAGUCAGCUGCUGAACUUCUAGUAAAGUCAUACAUUCAGAGAUGGCUAUAUUCACCUGCCGUUUGACUAGUUUAGUUAAUGCACAUACUCUGCUAAACUUUCCUGUGUCCAAUGUGUGUUAAUUUGCUGUGUUUUGUGGGCCCAAUACAACUUUACAAUGUAUGCAAUUCAGCAAAGUGACUUUUAUGACAUUCAUCAUUAAAAUGCAUUCACAACAUUUAA